UAAAACUCACCAUUUCGCUCGCUUAUCUGAGAUUCUCUGUCCUUCUCUUCCUCUGCUUCUCUGCGGACCAAGAGCGUCAGGAAGGGAAACCAGAGUUCCGAUUUAGGGCUUUUCGAGAGUUCGAGUGAGCACAGAAAUGGCUUCGCAGCAGAAAGAUGUUGGAAUCCUUGCCAUCGACAUUUAUUUUCCUCCUACAUGCGUACAGCAGGAAGAAUUGGAGGCUCAUGAUGGUGCAAGUAAAGGAAAAUACACUAUUGGACUUGGGCAAGAUUGCAUGGCAUUUUGUACAGAAUUGGAAGAUGUCAUUUCGAUGAGUUUGACAGCUGUUACUUCCCUUCUGGAGAAAUAUGGGAUUGAUCCAACACAAAUUGGUCGCCUGGAAGUUGGCAGUGAAACUGUAAUAGACAAGAGCAAAUCCAUUAAGACCUUUUUGAUGCAAAUUUUUGAGGAAUAUGGCAAUACUGACAUUGAAGGAGUUGACUCAACAAAUGCAUGCUAUGGGGGAACUGCAGCUUUAUUCAACUGUGUGAAUUGGGUAGAGAGUAGUUCAUGGGACGGACGCUAUGGACUUGUUGUGUGCACAGACAGUGCGGUCUAUGCAGAAGGUCCAGCCCGUCCCACAGGAGGAGCGGCAGCUAUUGCUAUGCUGAUAGGGCCAAAUGCUCCAAUUACAUUUGAAAGCAAAUGUAGAGCAAGUCACAUGUCUCAUGCCUAUGAUUUUUACAAGCCCAAUCUUGCAAGUGAAUACCCGGUUGUGGAUGGGAAGCUAUCACAAACUUGUUAUCUCAUGGCUCUUGAUUCUUGCUACAGACGUUUCUGUGACAGGUUUGAAAAAUUGGGGGGAAAGCCAUUUUCAAUGUCUGAUGCAGACUAUUUUUUAUUUCAUUCUCCAUAUAACAAGCUUGUGCAGAAAAGCUUUGCUCGGUUGUACUUCAAUGACUUCUUGAGGAAUGCUAGUUCUAUUGAGGAGGUUGCAAAAGAAAAACUGGCACCAUUUUCAGCUCUGUCUGGUGAUGAAAGCUACCAGAGCCGUGAUCUUGAGAAGGUAUCACAGCAACUUGCAAAGCAUCUAUAUGACACAAAGGUGCAAUCAACCACUUUGCUUCCUAAACAAGUGGGCAACAUGUAUACUGCAUCUCUUUAUGCAGCAUUUGCAUCUCUUAUUCACAACCAACACAGCUCACUGGUGGAUAAACGGGUAAUAAUGUUCUCUUAUGGGAGUGGUCUAACUGCCACAAUGUUCUCAUUGCAAUUUCGAGGUGGUCAACAUCCCUUUACCUUGUCUAACAUUGCCACAGUGAUGAAUGUCUCUGAGAAACUGAAGUCAAGACUUGAGGUCUCCCCUGAAAAAUUUGUUGAAACUCUGAAGCUAAUGGAACAUCGAUAUGGAUCGAAGGACUUUGUGACAACCAAGGACACAAGCCUUUUGUCUCCAGGCACAUUCUAUCUGACUGAAGUUGAUUCCAUGUACCGGAGAUACUAUGCUAAGAAGGCUGCAAAUGGAACCACUGGCAGUGGAAAUAUUGCAGCUUGUAAAAAUGGGUCACUAGGGAAUGGUCACUAAGAUUAUGCCAAUCCUUAGGACUGGCAUUUGCAUUUUCAGAUAUUGUUAGUGAUUUUAGAAGAAAGUUAGUGAUUUCCGUUCAUUGUUUACCAAAGAAUAUGAGAUUUGAUAA